GGCGUGCUUUGCGCGGGCGGGAACCCGGAAGCGGCGGCAGCAUGGCGCAGGGCAGGCCCAAGGCCGCGGCCAAGCGGCCCCGGCAGGCGACGGCGGCAACCGGGAACCGGGGCCCGCGGAAGGGAGGCCGCGCCAUCGCGCCCAAGAAGCUCCGCGUGAUCCAGCAGCAGAAGCUGAAGAAGCAGCUCGAGGUCGGGAUCCGCGCGCGCAUCGAGCGGGACGCGCGGCAGCGCGCGGGCACCGCCCCUCCCCUACCGCAGCGCCCCUCCCCCGCCAAGGGCAAGGCCAAAAAGGGGCGGGCCUGA